GUCUUUCUUUCCCCGCCACUCUCUCUCUCUUGAAAAGGGCAAAAAGGCAGUCCGAUUUUGGCUUCUCUUCUUCUGUUCAUGCCUCUCUUUAUUUCCAAAGCAAGCAAGAAUCGAAGCUUAGAGGAGAAGUCUCACUUUAGUCUUGUAUUUUCUUUUUCGAUUUCCUGAGAAUCAAACACUGGCUCAGGUGUUUCCACUCGAAAAUGGCUAUUUCUUCAGUUCAAUUCUUGCUUAACUCGAAGUCUCUCAACUUGGUUUUUGCUGCGGUUUCGGCUCCGUCGGUGCUGCCUAGACGAAUUCCCUUGGCUUCUGUGAGAGUAUCUUCUUUGUUGCGGUGGCGCUCAGUGGAGCGAAAUUUGUGUCGUUUUGAUUGCGGUUUUGGGGCAUUUGGUGCUCCGUCUCGGGUAUUGGCUGUCGUGAGGGACAGGGAAGAGAGCACGGAGGCUUAUUCCCUUGGUGGUGAUUCUAUGGACAUUCUUGAUGAUGAUUCUAUGGACAUUGUUGAUAGCAUAGGGGUUGUAGAUGCUCCCCCAAAGUUGCGAGAGCGUGAUUUUGCUGGUACUCCUUAUGUUCCUGUGUAUGUGAUGCUACCUCUCGGAGUGAUCGACAUGAGCUGUAAUGUGGUUGAUCCAGAAGGUCUAACGAAUCAAUUGAGGAUUCUAAAAUCAAUCAAUGUUGAUGGUGUUAUGAUUGAUUGUUGGUGGGGGAUAGUAGAGGCAGAUACUCCACAGCUAUAUAAUUGGAAUGGUUACAAGACGCUGUUCAAGAUUGUACGUGACCUUAAUCUUAAAUUGCAGAUUGUCAUGUCAUUUCAUGAGUGUGGAGGCAAUAUUGGCGAUGAUGUACAUAUUCCACUCCCUCGUUGGGUAACAGAAAUUGCACAAAGCAAUCCUGACAUAUAUUUCACAGAUAGAGAAGGAGGGCGCAAUUCUGAAUGCCUCUCAUGGGGCAUUGACAAAGAACGGGUUCUAAGAGGCCGGACUGCUGUUGAGGUCUAUUUUGAUUACAUGAGAAGCUUUCGUGUCGAACUCGAUGAGUUUUUUGUGGAUGGAAUCAUCUCUGAGAUUGAAAUUGGAUUAGGUCCUUGUGGGGAGUUACGCUAUCCUUCUUAUCCUGCAAGGCAUGGUUGGAGAUAUCCUGGUAUUGGCGAAUUCCAGUGUUAUGAUAAAUACUUGAUGAAGAGUUUGAACAAAGCGGCUGAAGUGAGGGGACACUUAUUUUGGGCCAAAGGACCAGAUAAUGCAGGUUGUUAUAAUUCUAGCCCACAUGAGACUGGAUUUUUCCGUGAUGGGGGUGACUAUGAUAGCUACUAUGGAAGAUUCUUCCUUAACUGGUACUCUCAGCUUUUGGUUGAUCAUGGUGAUCGCGUAUUGGCUCUGGCCAAUUUAGCUUUUGAAGGCACUAGCAUUGCUGCAAAGUUAUCAGGAAUUCAUUGGUGGUAUAAAACAGCUAGCCACGCUGCUGAGCUGACCGCUGGGUUCUACAAUCCAUCGAAUCGUGAUGGCUAUGCUCCAAUUGCAGCGAUGUUGAGGAAGCGUGGCGCUGCCAUGAACUUUACGUGUGUUGAAUUGCGAACAUUGGACCAGCAUGAAGACUUUCCAGAGGCAUUGGCAGACCCUGAGGGAUUAGUUUGGCAGGUGCUAAAUGCUGCAUGGGAUGUUAGCAUACCAGUUGCAAGUGAAAAUGCACUUCCAUGUUAUGACAGAGAAGGCUAUAAUAAGAUCUUAGAAAGUGCAAAGCCUUUCAAUGAUCCAGAUUGUCGGCAUUUAUCUGCUUUUACCUACCUCAGGCUCAGCCAAGUUCUCAUGGAGAAACACAACUUCUUAGAAUUUGAACGAUUUGUCAAGAGAAUGCACGGGGAAGCAGUUGCAGAUCUGCAAAUUAUUCUCGAAGACGGCACAGAAUUGCAGGGGAUAGAUGGCCAGGUCACUGUUUAAGAGCAUUAUAUGGUAGUACCAGACAUUUUAGACUCCAAAUGUUAAGAGGCAUAAAGGCAUCGCAUGCAACAAGAUUUCAAAUAUGAAGAUUUACGACCAGAAACAUGCUCCUUAGAGUCGGACAAGAAUAUCAAAUUUAAACUACAGGAAUCAAAGAAGCUGAUUUUGUAUGUACAUAUUGCACGCAGCUAGCACUUGUGUCAAGGAAUAGGACAUCACGGGAAAUCCACAACAUGUAUUUCUUUUUUUCAUUCAUUUUUAUCAUGAAUGAUAUAUUCAUCCA